AUGGACAUUUCAGAUCUAUGGCGUUUAGAUGUUUUGGGCAUCACUGAUCCAUCAGGUAGUAAAACAAAGGAGGCGAAUGCAUCAUAUGUUUUGGAGCAUUUUAACAAAACUAUUGUAGUAAAGAGUGAAAAUAGGUACGCGGUGACUCUUCCAUGGAUUGAAGGCCAUCCGGAGCUUAUGGACAACAAAGUUACAGCCGAGAAGCGACUACAUGCAGUGACCAAGAAGUUGAUUAAGGCGAUCCACCUCGAACUUACAACUUCUCUGUCUACGGAAGCUUUCAUUUCUGCUCUUCGUCGGUUUGCAGCGAGAAGAGGUCGUGUUGUCACAAUUUAUUCAGACAACGGGAGGAACUUUGUUGGAACAAGUAAUCUUCUCAGACGGAUCAACUGGGAUGAAAUUGAAAAGUUUUCAUCUGUCCAGAGGAUUAAAUGGAAGUUCAACCCUCCUUCAGCGGCAUGGUGGGGCGGAUGGUGGGAGCGACUUAUUGGAGUGUUUCUAAGAACCGAAGUUGAAGCUGAGGAGAGGCUUAAGUUGCGUGAAAACUGUUUUGGCGUGAAGUCUCACGAGGUGGAUCUUAAAAAAGACUCAACCAAAACUCAGCGGUUUGGUAAACCUAAGGCAAGCACACCUUCAGCAGCAAUACUUGUUUCUCAAUCUGAAAAUAGUGCAAAGUCCUCACAGAAUGUUAAGCAGUUUUGGGAGCUUGAGACGAUGGGAAUCACAGACCCAAGUGUGAAACUGGAGAAGGGAGCAAAGGACGAGCAAGUGGUAGAGUUCUUUGAGGAUACUGUGACAAGAGACUCGACUGGCCGCUACAUCGUACAACUUCCUUGGGUUGAAGGACGACCCUCACUGGAGUCCAAUAUGUAUGUAGCUGAGAAACGUCUACUCACAACUACAAAACGACAUGAUGUGCUAGAGGGCAGCACGGAGGGUUUGAGAAGCGCGUUGGCCCGACUGCGGCAGCGCACAAGCAACAGCCAGAACUCGCCCGACCAUUCCUCAGGGAUCUCCGGGCUAGGGCGUCUGUCUCUGGGAGGGGUAGCUAAACAGAGGACAGCCGUACUGCUGCAGCGGUCGGGCCAAGCCAUCACCACCACAGCACACUCAGCCCCUGGCUCUCCAUGUCUGUCGGUUGGCAGCGCCGAGUCCACCACCGAUCUCAUCUCCACCGCCUCCAGUGCGCUUCGACGUCUACACUUCAAAUCCGCGGGUGGCGGAUAUCGCCGCAAACCUGGAUGCCCAAACUCAUCCGCGCCAAUGCCCAAGGUCGUGCUGAUGGGCAGUGGGUCCGUGUCCGUGGAGUCCGUCGGGACCAACUUCAACAACACGAGCACGGACUCGUCCAACACAGUGAUCACCAUGGUAACCGUAACCGAUAGCGGGGAGACGGAAGACAGCUUUGACCAUCCACCAGAGGACAUGAUGAGGAUCACUACCAACCUGCUGGAGGACAUGCUGGGUCCGUGCAACACCCCUGGGUCCUCUGUGGAGAAGGAAGACGAGUUCUUCUCAGCGUCCAGCACCGAGGAGCAGCCCAAGCCAUGUGAGGAGGUCAAACUCAUCUUCCAAGGAGUCGAGGAGGAAGAUGAUACGAACAUGAUACUGCUUCAGCACACCAAGAUACCUGUGGAAAACACCAAGACCAUCGUAGAGGAAACCUCCUUGCCCAUCCUGCAGUCCACAGACCCUGCCGUGGAGUGGUACAACAUCAAGAUGCGCCAAGCCAACUUACCUCAGAACAAAAACAACCUAUCCGCCAACAAAAGACUGAAGAUGCUUUCCAAAAGGUACGCGAAGAAUAACUUUGAAGAUGAACCGAGGGGGAGAAAACACGGAAGAAACUCCUCAGGGUUUGCUGCAGAACAGAUGACUAUUGAGAGUGAAGAAGACCCUACAGCAGUUACUGCCUCACCACCAAUACCUGACUCUCCCACUGCGAUACAAUCUGUGUACCAACCAACAAGAUCACCUCCACCCAAGACUGAAACUAUAUUUACCUUCCCGGACAUUCACGAGGAAAAAGAAAAGGAAAGAGAAAAAGAUAAAUCUCCGUCUGUUAGUAAAAAGCUGAAAACGGAAAAGGAUGCUUCUAACGACUCGUGUAAGGCGACGCCGACUCCUACUCCGGAACCGACGAUACGAGGGACUCCAGCGACCAUCGUGGUGCAACAGGCUUCGGUCACCGGAAACUCUCCAGAGUUCUCUGGAUCCGAGAGCAUCAGUCAGGAACACUCGGAGUCCGAGAGACGACCGAGCAAGAGGAUGGACAACGACUUCAAACAACUACUGGAUGUCACCAACAACAUCACGAUACAACAGAUGCACGACUCUGGGCUGAAAUACUGCAGCCCGCACCACAGCAGGUCCCAGUCGGUCAAGACGCCCGGGUCUCGCUCCAACAUCCAACCUCCAGGCGCCUCUCGUCACCGCCCCAACUACCUGUGCCUGCCCCAGCAGCGGUCGAGGGUCGCCUCCAUGCCUAACACCGGCGUCGAGGAGGAGUACUACCGCCUGAGACACUUCAGCAUCACCGGCAAGGGAGUGGUCAAUCGCGGGGACUCUCUAAAGAGCCGUCGGUCAAGAAGUAACAACAGCGUCGCCAGCAGCAACUCCAGUCAUAGCACGGAGCACCUGACGACAGGAGGUGCUGUGGUAGGAGGCUCGUACCCCGGGUCUGCCCGCACCUCUGCUACAACCUCCCUCGCCUCGUCCAGAGAGAGCUCCUGCGCCUCCUGUCCAGGGAUCACGGCACCCUUCCGCGUGGUCAUGCUAGGGUCCGCAGGGGUCGGCAAGUCGUCACUCAUCAGCCAGUUCAUGACGUCAGAGUACCUGCACGCCUACGACACAUCUAUAGGUUCGUCUGUCGAAGAUGACGAGUAUGGAGAGAAGUCAGUUUCAGUUCUGUUGGACGGUGAAGAAUCUGAGCUCACCUUUAUAGAUCACCCUUCCUCAGAGAUGUCGCCCGAGGACUGCCUGUCCAAUUACACCUCACCUCACGCCUACUGUGUCGUCUACUCCACAGCUGACCGUGGCAGCUUCCAACAGGCAGAACAGAUGCUGCAGACCCUGUGGAAGAACGACGCCAUCAGGACCAAGGCUGUGAUUCUGGUCGCAAACAAGACGGAUCUUGUACGCAGCCGUGUCGUCUCCACGCAAGAUGGGAAGCUGAUGGCGACAGCUUACGACUGUAAGUUUAUCGAGACCUCGGUCGGCAUCAAUCACAACGUGGACGAACUCCUGGUCGGGAUUCUAACACAGAUCCGUCUCAAGCUGGACAACCCUCCGGAGACUCACUACGCGAGGCGAAGGAGUCGCUCCCCCAUGAGUGGCGGCCCUGGGUUCAGGAAGUACCGGGGUCAACGAACCUCAGCCUCGCUCAAGGUCAAGGGGUUGCUCAGCAAAGUGUGGGCGAGGGACUCGAAGAGCAAGAGCUGCGAAAACCUACACGUUUUGUAG